CAAUCAGGCUUUACAUUAGAGAACUCAAGACCUCAGUUGCUCUCGAUUUGAGCCCCAAUGAGCUCCUGAGUUGUCACGGAUUUUUUCAACGGAUUUUCUUAUUCAAAGCGAGAAGGCCAGUGUUCAGAGAGGGUUCAGCAGACAAGACUGAUGAUGCUGUCACUCAUUCAAACGGGACAAUUUACUUCUUAAAAACUAACCUAAAGUUCGACAACUCCGAAAGAGUUUUCACUGGAUUUUUUUUUUGGUGUCUACAUAUGGUGUCUUAUAUUUUGGUCUUCUGAGAUCCGCCUUGCCCCGGACAGUUCGUCUCCACUGCGCCGCCAUGUGUGCGCUGUUGCCGGCGUGGCUGUGCCUGCUGCUCGGCUUCCUGCCUCUGGAGAUCCAGUCCCGGACUUUGACUCUGCAGAGCCUCACUCACAGACAUAGGUUGAGUUUACCCAGAACCGCCAGAUACCCAAAGUCUUCUAACACCGCCAUCAUGCCUACUGCGUCUGAUCUCUCUGUUGCUGCUGACAGCCACAUCACAGAGGAAGACAGACAUAUCAUCUGGAGGGCCCUGCUGAACAAAGAGCCCCCGCAAAGGUCGUCUGACCCGUUUCCUGACCAGAGAGACAGUGUGCUAUGGGAAGCACCAGUGUGGCAGCGUGGGUCACGGGGUCGUCGACAUGCCAACAGUGGCGGUGGAAGGGGUCACAGCCAUGUGAUGAGGGUGGGGUGUGUCCUUGGCACCUGUCAAGUUCAGAACCUCAGCCACCGUCUCUACCAGCUGAUUGGACAAAGCGGGAGGGAAGACUCCUCCCCCAUUAACCCUCGUAGUCCUCACAGCUACGGCUAACAACACACCUUGAGGUUACAGCUAACGUUGACGACUUUAACGUCAAAGUUAGGCAGGUCCUUUGUUUCAUUAGUGAUGCAAUUAAGACCCAAAAUAAGCCUUCAAUAUCAGUCUUUGCAAACCUGUCUCGUAGAAAUUAUAUAUAUAUAUAUAUAUAUAAUAAUUCAGCUCCGUGAAAUAAGAAAACGUGAAAAAAUGAAAAACGUAAUUGCUGGCUGGAUUAUGUUAAAAAGAAUUCAUUUUUAAAUAAUGAAGCAAGUAUACAACAUCUGCUUGCCAGAUGGCACAUUAUGGCAGAAAAAAAUGAAGUAGACUGUCAGAAAACAUUUUAUUGGUAUGUUAACUAACAAAAUGUUCUCAUUAUGUUAAUAGAAAAGUAAUCCGUGCAGAAAUGUUGUUCUCCCAAAACAUAUUUGCAAAGUAGUAAUAUAUACAGUUCAAUUCCAGGAGACCGGGUUAGUCCUUGAUUUCAUCAAUCAUCUAAACCCAGCUGCUUAGUAGGAAAAAAUGGCGAUUAUGGUUUAUUUGUAUCAUUUAAUGUCAUAUUUUUGUAGUUUUGACCGUCACUUUCAUCGGUAAUAAUAAAUUGCACCAAUCAAAUACAUCGCUGAGAUUUGGGAAUGUGGCAACAUUACCAAAAAGAAGUCUGGUUGCCUCAACAGUCUCGCCACAGUUUAUAAGCCAAUGUCCUGGUUCAAUCUUUUUUUAUUACCGACAACAUUUCAGGUGAGCUCACUUUUGGGUUUAUGAGCAAAUAAAGUGGUUAAGAGAAUCUGACUUUACUUUUCACUCGUUUGAUUAUUUGACUGAGAAAGAACAUUGAGUUUCUUGCUCCAUUAGACUCAGAUGUAGGGAUGUUACCAUGUUCCCAGAUCUAAGCAUUUAUUCUGGUGAGCAUGAUGUUAUGAGAUUUCCAGCUUAUCAGCCAUCUUCACCAGUUGACUCCAGUGAAACUAGAGUCCUAGGUGUUUUGGCAUGUAGGCUAUACAAAAACAACCAUGUGUGCCUGAUUUGACCCUUUGGCGGGCUGGUUCUGGCCCAUGGGCCGUUUGAUGUUUAACACCCCUGAUGUACACACUGUGCAAAACUGUGAAUGAGAGAAGCCUCUUCCAAACUGCCCUUACUGACUAAUGUCUACUAUCGUCAUCACUGGUGAUCCUGCUGAUCUUAAUUCACUUGAGCUCAGAGCUAAUCCAUCUUGUCUCUCAAAAGCACCUUCAAGCCCUCUGCGAACAAGCAGCUUUACUUCAGUGAGAACAUAAACCAAGAAUAACCUCAAAUCAGACCUUGUUAACCCUUCACCCAAAAACGCAGUAGCCAAAAUAACCACAAACCCUAAUCCAUGAUCUGAUGUGACGCUUCUUGACAAAUAGCUUGUCUCUUAACAAGGACAAACUAUACUGUAGUGUAUUUUAAACUGUAAAAUGUAAAUCAACGAUGCUGAUGAUUAUGAUUGUCGUCACUGUAAAGUCUGUUUUUGAGCCUUAACUGCUUACAUUUUUUGUAAAGGCCUUAUAAUUUUUCGCCUUUCACUUAUCCAAAUUAAGCAUCACUGUGAAUGUUGACUAUCCAAGUGUUAUUUAAAGCUUUAUAGUCUAUUGCUUUUCUAUGUGUGUCAGUUCAGCAUAACAGUGUCAGUAGUUCAAUUUUAGGAACGCAUGAGAGCACUUUAUUCAUCUUUACAUUCAGUAUGACUUGAAUUUUAAAAAUGUGUUAUUUAACUUAAACUCAAUGAGGCCAUUUUGCUGUAAAUAUCCCACUUUACCAAAUCGAAAUGUUCAUGUGAGCACCCCUUCAAGGUACAAGUGUCCUUUUUUAAACCAUCUGUGUUGGUUCCAGCUAAUACUUUGUCUUUACAUUAGCAUCAAUGUGUAAUAAAACUCCAGUACAAUCUGCACAUGUA